UUUUGUCACAUCUCACAACCAGAGCCAAACAACUAUAAAACAGUUGUGAUAGUGUUAUUCUGUGUCGUUCAAAGAUACUAUAUCUCUCUGCAACAGAAGUCAAACUGUGUCCAAGAAAAAGAUACAAAUCACCUACCAGUCAUCUGCAGAACACCAGGACUACUAUGAGUUCUGAAGGCGUUUUCUCAUUGGAAACAUCUGAGAGAAGUAGUGAUAGAAUUGUGAUAAAUGUCGGUGGGGUAAAACACGAGACGUGCAAGAGCACCCUGAUGACCAUUCCAGGGUCACGUCUUGCCAUGCUGGUGGACAACAAGUCACCUCUGAAAGAAAUAUUUUUUGACCGCCAGCCUGAAGUAUUCACCCAUGUGAUGCAGUACUACAGAAGUGGAAAGUUGCACUGCCCAACCAACUUGUGCGGUGUAUUGUUAGAAGAGGAGUUUGCUUUCUGGGGUAUUAGUGGCAUGGAUGUGGAGCCCUGCUGUUGGGCUGCAUUUCGACAGCACAUUGAUUAUGUAGAGGCUUUGUCUAAGAUUGACCCUCCAUGCAACAGAGACCAAUCCAACAACUCGAAAGCUUGGCAGUCAAAGAUAUGGGCUUUAUUUGAUGACCCAUAUUCAUCCGUUGCCGCUAAGGUUAUUGCGGUUAUAUCUCUGCUUUUCAUCCUGCUCUCUAUUUCUGCAUUUGCUCUGGAAACACAUAGAGAUAAUACUUUACUGUACCAAACAUACCAUGGAAUUGGGUCACAAGCCAACACGAGCACAAGCGAGGAUUUUUCUAGACUGAUUGGAGUUCUGGAUAUAGUGGAGUUAGUGUGUUUGAUAUGGUUCAUCAUUGAGUUCCUGUUGCGCGCAGUCAGUUGUCCAAGCAAACUACGCUUCUUCAUGAAUGUUCUCAACAUUGUUGAUCUUCUGGCCCUAUUCCCGUGGUUUUUCCGGUGGUGUUCAUGGAAGCACUGCGAAGGGGUGGUAGGCUUCCUGCAUGUAAUGCGAUGCAUUCGUGUUCUACAUGUAUUCAAGCUGAUGCAACACGUGUUGGGUGUGAGAGUACUCAACUACACGCUUCGCGUCAGCGCACCUGCCCUCUGCUCAGUUCCAGUGACACUCUUCAGUUUCACGCUCAUCUUCGGCACAAUGGCAUAUUACGCAGAACUACUUAGCAGUGAUCCUUACACGCAAUUUAAAGACAUCCCGACCAGUUUCUGGUGGGCUGUGGUGACACUGACCACAGUGGGUUAUGGAGACAUCAUACCCCUUUCAGCUCAAGGCCAGUGUGUAGCGAUUCUCUGUGCAGCGGUUGGGGUUAUGCUCAUUGUCCUGCCUGUGCCCAUAAUUGUCAACAACUUCAUCACGCUCUACUCCCUGGCCAAGGCAAAGUGCUCGAUGCCCAGGAAGAGGAAAAUGACGUGUUAAUACAGUCCCAUGGUCUUCCAAGGCCUCUGCCUAGAACUGCUAAACAGAAGCGCAGACUGGAUGAAGGGCACCACGUGGAGUCUAAAACUGGAGGAGAAACAUCAGUGUUACACAGUUCAUUUACAGAUUAAGACUAAUUUUAGACAAUUUUCUGUUCAAGCAUUUUGGUAAAGCUCAUUCUCAAUGUGACGUAUUACAAUAAAAUAGCUAUGGUGGGGAAAAACAAAAGAAAAAGUAUUUAAACUCUUCAGCCACAAUAAAAAAUGUAUGAAUGUCGUUAGAUUAGUGUAGAGAUGAGGAGGGCGGGGCCGGGCUGGAACGAAGCACACCUGGUCCCCAAUCAGCCUGAUGGGGCGCGCAAGGGAUGAUGGCGGCCGGUGACGACAGUUAGAGAGAGAGAGAGAAUUACAGGCAGCUGCCCAUAGUUCUCUCUCUCGAACUGCCGUCCCCGGUCGCCUUUAUCCCUUGUGCGCCCCAUCAGCCUGAUUGGGGACCGGGCGUGCAUUUUUCCAGCCCGGCCGCACCCUCCUCCACCGUUAUCUACAAUUAGAUAACAAAAUAUAAAAGCAGGUGGCAUUUACUGUAUUUUAAAGAAAGCCACAAGCACACUUUUCAAGCAGAUAAUUUCACAAAAAGUGAAGUUUGUUAAAGUUUUAAAUGAUGAAGACACCUUUGGUUACUCUGAAGGAUGUAAAUCACUGAAAUAUGUCUCAAUAAAUGGUUCUUCUGAGAAAAGCUAGUAUCGUUUGUUUGCAAAUGCAACAUGGUUUCCUAUUUUUUAACUAAUGAAAUGACAUUCAGAUGUUUUAUGUGUGGCUUAAGUGUCCAAAUACUAUUUGGGGCCUCUGUAUAGUACUAACAAAACUAAAAAAAACAUUUAGAGCAUGUACAAACACAUAUUUAAUGCUUUAUACUGUAUGCAUAUGUAAAUGUAGGCUACUAAUCUAAAUAUAUAAUCAAAAAAUUCCCCUCAUUGCAGUUGUGAUUGUGAUUUGAUUUGUAUAUCAAACUGUAAAUCAAACUGCAUUUAAGAGGCUUACAUGCACAAGGUCUAAUCUGUCAUAAACAAAAAUUUGGCAGCAAUUCAACAACAUAUCAGCCAGAAAUCUGGGUGUUACCAUAUGAUCACUGACAGUAAACAAAAUGUUCCUGAUUCAAUAUUUUGUUAAUGUUCCAGUGGAAGCAUUUAGGUGAGACAUUUACACCCUGUUACAUUUAUACUUCAGACUCCGUAUACUUUUGUUCUGUAUACUUGCAUGCAUCUUUUGUACAUGAUUUGCAUUAUCCAUUGAACUUAACGUGUAGUGAUUUUUAGUCAUUUAUUUUAUUUGCAUAUUUAAAUUUUUUAGAAUGCAUGUUUGUGCUUUUAUUAAAGUUGUAUUAGUAAAGAUAUACUUUGUUGAAAUUGUCAGUAAUGUCACGCAAAGAUUAAUUAACUAAAAAUGGCUUGUCGUCCAUCUGCAGCUAAAUACCAAGCAAACAGUGCAAACACUUUAAACAUCAAAAUUAUUAAAUACAUCAUUCAUUAAUGUUGCUUAAAAUAUCAGGGUGUACUUUAAGAAUGAAUAAAACUAAGGAAUACAAAGGAAUAAUGUGCUUUUCUCAUUGUUUAUCUUUCUGCUCUCCUACAGAUGGAAAAGUAAAGGCCUUAUGAUUCUGGGUCUGGGAGGGUAGUUAUUUAUGUUUACUUGUGCAGGGAUAAUUUUGAUAUAUUUACAUUUACAUUUUUCAUUUAUUGAUUUGACACUUUUAUUCAAUAUGACUUGGGGUUAUUAAUACAAUUAUAAUUUAAUUAUUUUUAAACACUAUUAAAAAUCGUAUUUUAUCUAAAUUACACAAUGAUGAUUAAUCGACUUUAUAGACAUUACAGUUUUAUCG